GACCUUCCAUCAUCCAUCCUAUUGAAGGAAGUCCCGUUAUUUAGUUUCUGCAAACCCUAAUUCAAGGUGAAAAUUUUCAAUUUCUUCACGAAAUAUUCUUCUGGGACUCCAUUCAAGUCUUCGUCGUAUUGGACCAAACCCUAAUGGGCAGGCCAUCAUCAAUAAUCGAAGUUCCCCAUAGACGACGCCGUUCUGACAACGGACACGCAACCGACUCGGACGGAUCCGGCGAUUACCGGCGUCGCCGGCGCAGCCCCAGCUAUGACAGAUAUGACCGAGACAACCACCGCCGCCGUGACCGCUGGGAGUCUCCCGAGUAUGCAAACCCUAGACGAAGCCCUAUGCCCAACGGUGGUUCCGACGGUUUGCCUAAAAGGUUCGGGCGCGACGGGGACCGUGGGGGAAGGAGCUUGCCGCACAGAAAUGGAAGACUAUCGGAGUCUGAGGAGUCCGAUGAGGAGCUGAAGGGGCUGAACUACGAGGAGUAUAGGAGGCUUAAGAGGCAAAAGAUGAGGAAGAUGUUGAAACAGUGCAUUUGGAAUGUCACGCCGAGCCCGCCGAGGGAGGAGAAUGAGGAACUGGAAUCGGAGGACAAGAUUGAUGAGAUUCCGGACAAGAGAACGGGAGAGAAGAGUGAUUCGAGCGAUAAAGAGAGAUCGAAAGAGAAAUCGAAGUCGGAAUCCGAGUCUGAGAGAUCGCGGAGUAUUGAAUCUGAUUCCGGAUCCGAGUCCGAGUCAGAAUCUGAUGAUUCAAGGUCGAGGAAGAGGAGGAAGAGUUCGAAGCGGAGGAGUAGAAGAUCGUCACAUAGUGAUAGCGAAUCGGAGGGCGAGAGCGAGACUAUUUCUGAUGAGGAAGAUGAUCGAAGGCGGAGAAAGAAAUCAAGCAGUAGAAGAAGCAGGCGACGUAAGAGCAGCAGAAAAAGUAGUAAGAGAAAAAGGAGCCAGAAGAAGAGUAGGCGCAGCGGUUCCGAUUCCGACUCGGAAGAAAAUGAAAGCGCAGAUUCUGAUUCCGAAGUCAGUAGGGCAUCAGAUGAUAAUGAUGUGAAGUUGAAGAAGGAGCGAAAGCGAUCGUCGAGAUCAUCACGAUCCAAGCGGAACAAGAAGAAAAGACGGUCUGAGACGGAGAGUGGGAGUUUGGAUUCGGAGGCAAAUUCGGAUGCUGAAGCUGACACCAAUGCUAAAACGCUAGUGGAGGAGGUGAACGACAGUAAUGUGGAAGCUCUGAAAUUUAAGGAAAUGAUGGAAGCACAGAAGAUGCCUGCAUUAGAUAACGAACCCGUGGUCGGGCCUGCGCCGUUGCCAAGAGCUGAAGGGCAUAUCAGCUAUGGAGGGGCGCUUAGGCCUGGUGAAGGUGAUGCCAUUGCGCAGUAUGUUCAGCAAGGGAAGCGUAUUCCCCGUAGAGGAGAAGUGGGUCUUUCUGCUGAGGAGAUUCAGAAGUUUGAGAAUCUUGGGUAUGUAAUGAGUGGAAGCAGGCACCAGAGGAUGAAUGCCAUUCGUAUCAGAAAGGAAAACCAAGUCUACAGUGCGGAGGACAAGCGAGCGCUCGCGAUGUUCAACUACGAAGAGAAGGCUAAGCGUGAGCACAAGGUUAUGGCUGAUUUGCAGCGGCUAGUCCAGCGCCACAUUGGGCAGGAUGUUGGUCCUACUCAUGAUCCUUUUGGUGGGAAGCCCUCCGACGGCGCUGACGCUUGAUUCUAUAAUAUUCAGUGCUUUCCAAAUCGGUAUGAGAUAUGAAAGAAAAUAAAAAUUGCAUAAUCCAGUGCUCAUCACUAGUGCCAGUUAUAAGCAGAAAAUUAUCUGUGUUCCUGGUAUGAGUGAUUGGUGAGAAUCAUGAGAUGGCUGAAACUAUAUGGCAAGAACUAAGCAGCUCAUUUCGUUGUUUCCCUUGGGUAUUCUAUGAAAAUCUGUUUGUUCUGCUUCCAAGCAUUGCCGGCUUAUGCCAUGGUCAUAGCUCAUGAAGAAUGCGGGUAUAAGGUUCUGAAAGAGGGAUUGUUUAGUGCAAGUGUAGAAUGUAAAGGAUUAGCGAGAAGCUUUUGGAACCAUGAUAGCUUUGACCGAAAAUAUGUGGCAUGUUUUAGGCGUCAAGCUUGGUAGUUGGUGGUGUAAGUAAUGCAGCCACGUGCACGAUAUAAGUCUGGAUCUCCUUUCUUCUCGAUUUUGUCUUUGCUUUUUUAUUGGGGUGAGGAGUGAAGGAAGAGAUGGAUCCUUUUCUUUUGCACAGUUGUUUUAGAAUCUACUUUUUCUGUUCUGAAGUUGUGUACAUAUCAGUAAGUGUGAAGGAACAAUCUUAACUUGGGUGGAUAUAUCAUGUUUUUAACAUCCUCUAGCUCCAUUGUUGGGUUUGGCUUUUUUUGGUUUUUUUUUUUUUUUUUUUUUUUUUUUUUUUUUUUUUUUUUUGAUAAUAGCUCCAUUGUUGGGUUGUCUUGCCCCCAAUGCAAGGUUUUAUUUGGUGUAUAUGUUCAAGAUAUUUGAAGAUGAGUGCAUCGAGGAUUUAAAA